AUGGAUAAAGAGAAGGAAAUAGAAUCAGAAAGUGCACAACAGGGAGAUAAAGGAAAGAAGGGGGAAGGCGAAGGCGAGAAGAAAGCGAGAGGCAGACCAACGAAGGCGGAGGAGUUAGCCAAAUUGAGAAGAACGGACAGUACAGGAUCGGUCAAGGAAUUCUUUCAGAAGAAUAAGAAAGAAAAGAAGAAGGAUAAAGAAGGGCUAAGCAUGAUGAACGAGAGAAGGAGGGAAGAGAUACAAGAAAGAAGACAGGAAAGGUCCAAGGAGAUAGAAGAAAAGCGGAACACACCAGAAGAAACCAGAAAGGACGAAGAAAGUAUAAAGGAGGUAGAUGAGGAAAAUAUUAGAGGAAACAGAAUAAGGGAAGUCGAGGGAUAA